CUGCUUGUGGAGGGGAGGAUAUACCUGUAUAUAUGGGCCAUGGUUACCUGUACAGGUGUUCUAGUUACAGUGAGCUGGGAUUUAAGGAUGGAUUGGGGAUUACUUCGGGGAAAUGGCCUGCUAAAAGACGAGCUGGUGUUCUCCCAACAGUGGUACUACUAUACAGCCAUGCUGGCGGAUGUGCUGUUGCGGGUCUCCUGGGCUAUAAAUAUCCUCCUGGCUCAGAUGAAGGAUUCAGCUGCAGCUGCCACAGCAAGUGCCCUGCUGGCACUACUGGAAAUCCUCAGACGUUUUAUAUGGAAUCUCUUUCGGCUGGAAAAUGAGCAACUGAAAAACGUUGAGAAAUGUUGUGCUGUUCGAGAUUUCUGCAACAUCUGGAGACGUCUGGAAAAGGAUCAGGAUGUGCUAUCUAAUCACAAAAUCACAACGCGUGCCACAAUAUGCUGUUUACCUCGCCCAAAACACAGGUUAUUUUCUGGACAGCUGCUGAAUCUGUUCCAUCUUAGCAGUUUUAAAAAGAAUUGUUUAAUAAUUCAAAGGACAUAGUCAAUGAUAUCUGAAAAAUGAACAAUGUUCUUUUGCAGGGUAAAGGAGAUAAAACUGCCUGUUAGGGGAACAGAUCCUGAGAUUCAUCCAUGCAUUUAAGGAAGAAAAUAUGUCUUUAUAACUUCAACAAAAUUUUGCUUGAAAUAUUUGAUCAUGCAGGUAUGCAAAUGAAAUGUUAGAUAAGAAAAUUAUUAUCCUGUUAACAAUAAUAAAUUCUGUAACUAUAUCUGUUCACUUAGACCUUACUGAGACAUUUCACAUGCAUUGUAUUUUCUGCAAUAAAGUAAAACUAUCUUUUCAUGUUUCAUUCACGAUAAAUCAAUUUUGUUGUAAUCAAGCAAAAGUCAUUUUUAACCAACAAUAAUAGGCAUAACCUAAUU